AUGGGGGUCUCUGUGGUUUUCAAGGUCCUGGUUCACCUUGCUGUCUUGGUUUGGACUUGUGCUUGGGACAUUGAUGUGGAUGUAAAUUGCUCUCAGGACUGGAUGAUGGUCAUCGUUAGCGCGACUUCCAGUAACAGAGACAAUCCAUAUGUUUUUGCUGAUGAAUUAGUUCUGGGAAAGGGCUGCCCUGCAACUCAAGUGCACACAUAUCAGUAUGACUUUAUAUACCCUGUUUUUCACUGUGGCAUCAGGUCAAAGGUUAUCUCAGAAGAAACCAUCUGUUUUGAAACUGAGAUGUACUUUCGUCCAAGGCAUCAUUGUUCCAAACUUCAGAUAGUCCCUUUGCUGUGUUGUGCAUCUCGGAAGUCAGUGUGGUUUCUGCCAGUGUCUACUGAGGAGAACUUAAAACUACCCGAGAGUCACUUUAUGACUGACUUUGAAGCUACGCCAGAAGAGUUGGGGUUGUUAAAUGUUCACCAAGCUGCUUCCUCCCUGAAGAGGGGAUAGAGACAGUGAAUUUCAUGAAUUUCAUCAUGAAUUUCACUGUAAGACAAACCUUUUUUUCAAUAAGAAAAACAAUACCUGCAUAAAUUUCUCAUCAGAUAUCUCAUUCCUAUACACCAAAUAAACAAAG